CCGCCUGCAAAAUCACGCCUCACCAGAUCGCUAACUCUGAGAGAACCACAUCGCAGCCGACGUAGCAGCCAACAUGAACACUGACAUUACCGCCUCCGAGAAGCCGCAGUACCCUGUUAUAGACCGGAAUCCUCCCCUCACCAAGGUUGUCGGCAACUUCAGCGCUCUCGAUUACCUUAGAUUCGUCACCAUCACCGGCGUCUCAGUUACAGUUGGCUACCUAUCCGGAAUAAAGCCUAACAUCAGGGGACCUUCAAUGGUGACUGGUGGUUUAAUUGGUAUCAUGGGGGGAUUCAUGUAUGCGUACCAAAACUCUGCUGGGAGGCUCAUGGGCUUCUUCCCUAACGAAGAUGAGGUAGCACGAUAUAAGAAAUAGGGACUGCUUUUUCGGGUAUUUGGUUUGGAUUUAGCAAAGGAAUUGAAGCAAACAUUUGGGCAUUUUGAGUUUUGCUAGCCAUUUGGUGAUAUGCGAAUAAUUCGAUAUUCUUGUUGCUUGUAACCUUUGUCAGUUUAAAUUCUAUACUCUGUUUUGUUGAGGCGAUGCUCCAUCGAAACUGUUCUUGUUGGACCCUUCAAUGGUUUGAUGUUUGCUUUUUCUGCUCACCCUUUAAGAGUCUUAUGUCCAUCUUGGAAUAAAAUUGGUGCUGGGUGGUUUUGAUUUUCUGAA